ACUCAACAUUCGCCACCAAUUCUUUCCCUUCCUACCCAUUUGAGAGAGAUAGAGAGAGAGUCGAAGAGGGAGGGAGGAAGAGGGGCAUGUUCUUCGCAAAAUGUUAUCUUGACACUUCAAAGUGACGAUUUGAUGCUUGUAAAAGAUCGUCUUUUUUUCUUCUAUUCACUCUAGACACUAUUACCUAACCAUGAUGCUUGCUCCUCUGAAACCAAGGUCGAAUUACCUAACCAUCGUGUGAGGAUUUGUUGGCAACAAGUACAGAAAAUGACAUUGUGAUGACUCUGAUGGACGAAACAUUGAAGGCCCUUCCUUGACUAAGGCACAAAGUGAGAAGCAUUUGCAUAGUUUGAAGGAAUUCAUGCUCAAUGGCCGGAGGAUCUUGGGCUUAUUUUGACCCAGAAUAUGAAACUUUGAGCAUCAGAAUAAACCCUCCAAGAAAAUUGCAGGGUAUCCGUAGACAACACUAGUUACAAAGAUUAUACUUUGGUAAAGGUUGAUAGUGUGAACAGACAUGGGAUAUUGCUUGAAGUUGUUCAAAUCCUAACAGACCUUGAUCUUAUCAUCACCAAGGCUUACAUAUCUUCUGAUGGUGGAUGGUUCAUGGAUGUAUUCCAUGUCACAGAUCAGCAAGGGAAUAAGAUCACUGAUGAAACAAUUGGUUAUAUAGAGAAGGCUUUGGGACCAAAAGGACAAACUGGAGAUGGGUUGAAGAAUUGGACAGGAAAGAGAAUAGGAGUGCAUUCUGUGGGUAAUCAUGCAACCGUUGAGCUGAUAGGCAGGGACCGCCCAGGUCUUUUAUCAGAAGUCUCUGCAGUUCUUACUAACCUCCACUUCAAUGUACUUGCGGCUGAAGUUUGGACGCAUAAUAUGAGAAUAGCAUGUAUUCUUCAUGUCAACAAUGAUGACACAACAAGCCGAGCUGUUGAUGACCCUGUGCGGCUGUCUAUUUUGGAGGAACAGCUAAAGAACAUUCUCGGUGGAGGUGAGGAUGACGAGAAUGUUGCUCGUACAAAUUUCUCCAUGGGUUUCACUCACAUCGAUCGUAGGCUUCACCAGAUGUUUACAGCUGAUACCGCUGAUAGGGAUACUGAAGGCAGUGUAAUGAGGGUAGAGGCAGAUUUUCCUCAUUUCAAACCAAAAAUAACAGUUGAACGUUGCGAGGAAAAAGGUUACUUGGUUGUCACUGUUCAAUGUAGAGACCGAGCAAAGCUAAUGUUUGACAUUGUUUGCACCUUGACGGAUAUGCAGUUUGUGGUUUUUCAUGCAACCAUCUCAUCUGAUGGGCCACAUGCAUCACAGGAGUAUUAUAUUCGUCACAUGAAUGACCAUGCACGGGAUACUGAAGGUGAGAAUGAAAGAGUUGCAAAGUGCCUUGAAGCUGCUAUUCAACGGAGAGCAAGUGAGGGUCUAACUCUGGAGCUGUGCGCAAAGGACAGAGUUGGGUUAUUAUCAGAAGCGACAAGAAUUCUACGUGAAAAUGGGUUGUCUGUUACAAGAGCAGGGGUUACAACAGUUGGAGAAAAAGCUGUGAAUGUGUUCUACGUUAGAGAUGCUUCUGGGAAUGCGGUGGAUGUAAAGACAAUUGAGACACUCAGGAAAGAGAUUGGAAAGACAAUGGUUCUAAAUGUAAAGACAGAUCCUUCACAAAAUGCCAAGGCACCGGAGACAAGUGGAUGGUCCAAGGCGAGCUUCUUUUUCGGUAGCUUAUUGGAAAGGUUCAGAACUUAGUCUACCAACUAGUAGCCUAAG